GAUAGAGGUCCUGUUGGGGACAAGAGGGAUCACAUCGUACCAACUCGUCAGUCGAGGCUGGGAUACAAACGGAUUGCAAGAUAGAAAUCAUCGGAGCUGAAGAUUUUUUAUUAUUAUUAUUUUCUCUCGGAGAGCGCCACUAUUUUUCCCUCGUGUUGCUUGUGUUAGUAGGGACCAGAGUGAACGGGGUGGUCGCUGCUUGUAUCCAUGUGUACAUGUGUGUGUGUGCGUACGUGUGUGUGUGUGUUUUCCUUCUUCAGCGCAGAGGCGCCCUGCACUCCAGUCUGCUGACACACCGGGAGAACAGUCCGCACUACACCUCGGUGUCAUUGGACUAUAUGUGGAUUCAAAGCCCAAUCAAGACACAUCCAUGGCGAUAGUUUAGUGAGAGCUGCAGCUUGUGACCUCUUACAUGAAAAAAAGAUCAACGUUGAAGGUUGUCGGAGAACCGGAAAACGAGUCCUGGCCUUUGCCCAAGUGUGUGACCAUCGAAUGAGCCUUGUACAUGCGUCUCCCUGUGAGCCACUCCCACAUCGUUAUGAACUGUGAGCAGGACUUUGGAGACGGGGGCUUGGGAGUGACCCUCACGCUACGACUGCUCAUGCAUGGAAAGGAGGUUGGCAGCAUCAUAGGAAAGAAAGGAGAGACUGUGAAACGAAUACGAGAAGAGAGCAGUGCACGUGUCAACAUCUCAGAGGGCUCCUGUCCGGAGAGGAUCAUCACCAUCACUGGCUCCACAGACAGCGUCUUCAGAGCUUUCACCAUGAUUACAUACAAACUAGAGGAGGAUCUGACUGCACUUGUGGCCAAUGGCACCAUCAGCUCCAAGCCACCAGUCACCCUGCGGCUGGUCAUUCCUGCCAGCCAGUGUGGCUCGCUCAUCGGGAAAGGUGGUGCAAAGAUAAAGGAGAUCAGAGAGAGCACUGGUGCUCAGAUACAGGUAGCAGGGGAUUUGCUGCCCAACUCAACUGAGCGAGGGGUGACAAUAUCUGGGAAUCAAGACUCUGUAAUCCAGUGUGUCAAGCUCAUCUGCACAGUAAUCCUGGAGUCCCCGCCGAAGGGUGCCACCAUCCCUUAUAGGCCGAGUCCUUCACCAGCUGCUCUCCUCAUCGCAGGAAACCAGGUUUUUGAGGCAUCAGAAUUUGCACCUCACCCUCUGUACUCAGUCACCCAGGGUGGCCUGGACCUCCAGCAGGCCUACACUUUGCCAAACCAAUAUGGCAUUCCACACUCAGAGCUGGCCAAGCUGCACCAGCUGUCAGUGCAGCAAAGCCUGAGUCCCAUUGCCCAGCCUGCCUCUACAAUCAUGCCUGGGAUGGACUCAAACUCUCAGACAUCUCAGGAGCUGCUUAUUCCCAAUGAUCUGAUUGGCUCAAUCAUCGGCCGUCAGGGAACUAAAAUCAACGAGAUCCGGCAGGUAUCAGGAGCUCAGAUCAAAAUCGGCAGCCAGCUGGACGGAACGAGCGACCGCCAUGUCACCAUCACAGGAACACCAGUCAGCAUCAACUUAGCCCAGUACCUCAUUACCUCCUGUUUAGAAACAGCUAAAUCUACAGCCCAGGCAGCAACAAUGGCGUCUCCAGUCGACCUCAACAUGGCCUUCACCCAGUCAGCCUCUCCAGCUGCCUCCCCUGCACCCACUCUGGCCGCCAUGGGCACGUUGACCCCGGCUCACAUGUUGGGCACCCCGUAUGGUGCCAUGCCCCUCUCUGGGCUGCUGGGGGUGAAGUCUGUUCCCUUUCUGACUCUGUCCAGCCCCGCCCCCACCGUGGCCGUCUCUGCAGCACCCACUCACACCACUCUGGCUGCUUACACCGCCAAAAUCUCCUCAGCCAACUGCAUCAAAAAGCCAGAGAGACAAAAGUUUGCACCCUACUGAUGAAGACUUGUGUGGGAAGUCUGAUGAAGGACAGCUGUAGUGUAAAUUCAAACGCCUGAUGUAGCCCAAUUCGCCAGAAGAGAUGCUCCUGACUUUUAUCCUAUGAUGCACCAACAGAGACCAAUGGAUGACGCCAUUUAAAGUUAUUUACAAUUCUAGAUAAUUUGUGAGUUUCCCAUGAAUUGAUGGACAGCGUUCAUCAUCAUCACUGCAUCACUGUUAUUGACCAUUAAAUAAAGGGCUGGAACCUCACCUGAGAGAUACAUGUUAAACAGUUUUUUUACAUGUGCAUCUCAAGUUAGAGAUCAGCCAAGUAUUUAUCCUUCAAUAAAUUUGUAAAUUGUACUCAGAUGACAAAUGCUCUACUGUAUGAUGCUUUUAUACAAUGUCUGUUUGCCUCUUGAAGUUUUUAAGAAAAUUUGUAAAUGUCCGAGGGGCGUCUUUUUUUUUUCUUUCUUCUUCUUUUAUUUUUUUUAAAUAAUCUGUGCUAUGGUACUGUACUUUUACUUCAGUGUUUUGUCUGUUUUGUUUGAUUUCAUUUUGAAUGUGCAACUGGGUUAAUCUUUAUUUAUUAGUAUUGUUUCCUUUAUUAAAAGUCUUUGGUUCCUGAUAUGGCAGAGCUAUCUGUCUGUAUUUGCCUCCCAAGUCUGUUCAUUUGCAAAAAAAUAAGGGUCAAAUGCAUUGAAUAGUGCUGGAACACAUACAAUUCUGAUUAAGAUGGUACUGCAGUAGAUUCACGUUACUUUUGUUUCUUUACGAACAGCUUAUCGUUGUUGUUAGCAUAAAUUAUAAGAGAUGCUUUUCAUCAUUGUGCUCUGAUGCCCUGAACAAUAACUGCAGAAUGAAACAGUGUAGCUCCAGUAGAGCAAAGAUCUCAGCCUCCAUGACAUAUGUGUUAGUGUGCACAUUCAGAGAGAGAUACAGAAUCACACACUGCUAUGUGUUGGGUAGUACUCUCUCUGUGAGUCCCAAAGGACAAAAUACAGCAAGAAUCUAAGCCAUUAGAGUUUGUGAGGAAAAGAGGAGAAAAAAAAACACAAACAUAGCAAGAUAACUGGGGAAAACGUGAGGUUCCACGGCGAUGCUGUAAACACCAAAUAUCUGCAUGCACUGCAGUAUCAUCAUCCUUAGGAGAGGCAGCUUGGAUCCUUUCAUCCUAACACUUGUCUUUUUUUAUUUAUUUUUAUUAUGCCUGCUUCUUGAAUGUACGAGACAUUGAGAUUGCACAGUUAUUGUUUUCUAAAGAUGUUCACUGUUUGAGGAAGACACAACUCACAUCUCCAUUUCAGACAUUCAACUGAAGUACAAAGAUGAGAUCUAUCGAUCUAUUUAUUUAUUUAUUGCCUUUAAAUACUAAAUAUGUCAAUUCUGGAUUAAAAUAAUUUGAACAAGCACAUAAACAAAAGACAUUAUAAAACACGAGAAUGCAACAAAAUGCGAAACAUUUUUCCAAAACAAAGUAAUUAAAAAAAACAACUCUUAAGUGUUGUUUUCUGACCCAUUGUGUUUGUUUCCCAAUGUGAUUACUGAAAUGUUGCAGAGGUUUCUGUUUUGUUGUUUUUACCAAAAUGUUGUGGCAUUCUCACUUUCACUCCUUUUGGUUUUGCUGCUGUGUUUUGGCCCUCAGGGCCACUGUAGACUCAGCCUCAAAUCAAACAGCCUGAUAUUUUUCAUGUUUUUUUUUUUUUAAGAAAUCAUGAUGUGCAUAGUGGAUCAAACAACACUUCUAACUUCUAACACUCACACCUUU